AUGGCCGCCGAAAAGCGGAAGUUGAUGGUGGAGAUAGACAAAUGCUUCAAAAAGGUGCGCUCCUGAUUGUAUUACCCAGAUUGAUCAUGGACAUCAUAAAAUAAUUGAUUUGCAUAUUCGUUUAAUCGUUUUAGAUUGAUGAAGGUCUGGAGUUAUUCGAAGACAUGAUCAAGAAGCUCAACGAAGCGACGGCAGACAACAUGAAGGACAAAUGCCAAGAGGAUCUUAAGAAGGAGAUCAAGAAGCUUCAAAGGCUCAGGGACCAAGUGAAGAAUUGGCAAGGAUCGCCUGAGAUUAAGGUAAAUAAAUUAAAUUAUCAUCCAAAGAAUUGUAAAUUUUCGUUAUUUUAGGACAAGGAGAAGCUCAACACUUAUCGAAGGUUGAUUGAAACGAAGAUGGAAUUGUUCAAAGACAUUGAGAGGGAAAACAAAACAAAACCUCAUAGCAAAAUUGGGCUGUCGAUCGAGGAGAAGGUAGAUCCGAAAGAGAAAGAAAAGGCGGAAGUUAUUGAAUGGUUGAAGGUGAGCCAUGUUUUUUAUUAUCUAAAUUGCGUUUCAGGCCAAGAUUAGAUGUAUCCAAGAUGAAAUUGACCGAACAGAGUCCAAGUUGGAGGUUUUAUCAGGCGAGAAUGGUGGAGAGAAGAAGAAAAAGAAUAAGAAAGGUGGAAGGAAAAACGGAUCGGACGAUGAGGUAAGAUUGCACAUGUUUUUAUACAAGGGAGACACUUGACAUUUUUUUGAAAAUUACAUCUUAUUACAAAACCCAGACGGCUUAACUACGGAUGACAUUAAGUUUGAUGCAUCUGGUAAGACCUAGUCUGUUAAUCUCGGUAGCUUGACGGGACUCGGCGGAGACUUUUUCUCCGCCGAGGCAGGAAAUUUUUUUAACAUACUCUAAAACGAAUUUUAAAAUCAUUGAAACUGUUUGGAAGGCUGCAAAGGCACAAAGAUAUUCGCAGAUUUUUUUAUAUUCCUUAAAAAACCCUGUAGAAGUCGGCAACUAUUCACGAAAAAUAAUCGUAUGUUAUUUCAGACAGAUGUUCUGAAGAAACAUUUGGAAAGAGUCAAUUUCCACAUGGAUAACCUCGAAGUUUGUAUGAGAUUGCUAUUGAACGAGAAGUUACAGUAUGAAGAUGUACAGGAAAAGUUAAUGGAAGCCUUGGACAUGUAUGUCGAAGCGUUGGAUCCCGAAAAUGACGAUGAUCCCCUGGACCUGGAGCCAGAUGAUAUUUAUGAAGAGCUUGGAUUGAACGAAUACAUUGAUCAGCUUGGGAAGGUGAAUCUUCCACCAAUCGAUGAGGAGAAAAGUAAGAUUAAUGGAUAAUUGAAACUUUUGCGAAGUUAUUGCAGUGGAGAAAACGAAACCCAAGGAUAUUCAGAAGCCAACAUCGGCCUCAAAGUCUACGGGAUCAAUGCCUCAUAUUUCCAGCACCCCUAAAUCUUCAUUUGGGUCGCAUCAGUAUGUUAUCUACGAUUGUUUAGUUUUCUGUUCAGUUCUAUAUUGGGGCCAACUCCCCCAAAACCUGCCGGGUCUUCUCUUCCAUCCACAACAUCGGAAAUGAAGUACAGUGCUGUUAUCAAGGUUGCCAAUGCUGCUGCAGGCUCUGACAGGUAUUAAAUUUAUGUUUUUUUUUGGUACUGUUUUAGUUCUCAAAACAAGAAACCGGAGAAAUUAUCCGAACCGGUCCGACCACAGCCGACCCUUUGUCGAUCUGACAACCCCGGUUUAUCGAAUUCAAGUAUGUUUUCGGAUUCAAAUAGGACUGUUGUGAAUAAUGAUUCCAUCGAAACGAACACUCCUAUCGUCGAAAUGAAGGAGAAUAUUGAGCCGAUGGAAGAAGAAAAGCCAGAAUUGAAUGAUUUCCCACGCGCUGAGGACUUCUUUAGCGCGUAUAUGACACCAACGGGUAUGGUUUAUGCGAUCUCCAAUUAUAUAUUCCUAGAUCAAGUCUUCCAACAAUUACCACCUCCAGUCGGACAACCACAGCCAUCCGAUUAUUUUACUCGAAACACAAUUCAUUUACCUCAGAGUGUCGUUCAACAGCCUAGAACGGUAAAUAUUUGUGGAUUUAUGAUUGGACAGAUUUUUUUUCAUUAUUGAUUGUAUUGUUUUAGGUAAAGAUUAAUCCAUUCUCGGCAUAUGGUGUGACAACAAAUACGGCGAUGUCAGCGUUACAGAGGAAGGCCACAAAGUGUAUUGAGCAGGCCGCCAAGCAUAUCCCAAUCCCGGCAGAUCACUUGAGAGUUAGAAGUUAUUUCCCCCAUCACAAAUCGAAUGAUUGCUCUCCUUUGUGGAUGAUGAGACCUUUGGAAAAGAUGGAUACAAUCGAAUUCUACACGAGGCUAGAGAAGGAGACAUUAUUCUUUAUCUUUUAUUAUAUGGAGGUAUGUUGUUUAGAUGUUUUUUCACAUCGAUUAAAUUGAUGUAUGAUAAUUAUUCAAUGUCAGGGCACGUACGCUCAAACCCUUGCCUCGAAAGCUUUGAAGUACCAAUCUUGGAGGUAUCACAAGAAAUUUUUGAUGUGGUUUCAAAGAAAAAGUGAUCCUCGGGUGAUGACUGCUGAUUAUGAAAGUGUAAGUAAUUUGAUAAAUAUUAACUUUUAAUUUAGGGAAGUUAUUUCUUCUUUGAUUACGAGAAGUGGACCAUCAGGACUCGGGACAACUUUAUCUUCGAGUACAAGUACCUCGAGCAGAAUCCCUACAUCAAUUGA